AUGGCAGCAAAUCAUAAAUCAAUAAAGCAAACGACAAUAUCAUUUCCUAAAUCACAUGAAUAUCGUCUUCAAGUUUCAUCACCUCGAAUGAUACAAACUAAACCACGUACACCAUCUUCUAAUCGUUUAAUUGCUUCAAAAUCUUCACUAAAUUAUCCAACAAUGAUUACACGUUCGACAACGUCUUUUUGUACAAAUUAUUCUCAAUAUCAACAAGAUGCACGUUUUUUAUAUGUUGUUAAUAAACCUGAAAUACUUCGUCAUACAACUUCAUCUGGAACAUCUAAUACUAGACUUCAGCCAUUACUAUUUCAUCAACAAUCAACCACAUCAUCAUCAUCAUCGCCACCUUUACCACGAACACAUCCUCAAUAUGGUCAUUUUCUUGCUUAUCUUCGACGACAAUCAUUAGCUCGUUUACGUCGAAAACAAGAAGAAAAAGAAGAAAAUACAGAUCAUGUCGAUACAACUAUAUCAUUUAAUUCAAAUAAAACAACAGCACAAUCAUUUAAUUCAACAUCCAAUAUGUCACUUGGAACAACAACAUCAGAAACGACAUCAAUGCCAACAAUAUCUUUAACAUCAAAACAAAAAGGUCGACCAGUAUCAUCUUAUAAUCAACUUCAACGUUCAUCAUCAGUAAUGCCCACAAAUUAUCGUUUAAGUUUAGAUCAAUCACCACCAAUAAGACAAAAUUCAUCAACAACAAAAAAGAUUUCAGAUAAUCAUGUAAUAUUAUCACCAUCGAAAUCAAACUUAAUUACACCAACAAAUUCACUUGUUGAUGAAACAAUGGUAUCAUCAACAGAAAAAAUUCCUUAUGAAUUAAAAUUAAAUGGUGAUAUGCUUAGUUAUUGUUAUGUUAGUGACAGUGGUGUUACAUAUCAAGGACAAUUACUUUCUACACCUGUUUAA